GUCGGUUUUUUGCGCUUGUUAAGACAUUCCUGCGCGGAUUGCGACAGGGUUUCAGCGCAGAUUAGCGGUUUCACGUGAAAGAGCCUUUAUAACGCGUCUCCCGUGCGGACUCUGCGCUAACAGGAGUCGUGUUUGCGCCGUGUGUGGAGCGGGUUUUUUUGGGGGACUAAGGAUUCGCGAUGGCAGCCUACGCGUUACCGGAGGGAUUCGCGGAGUUUGACAUGUUUCUGUUCGGCACCGCGCUGCUCGUCGGAGGGGUGCUCGGUUUCUUCCUGAACACCAUCUCCGUCCUGUCCUUUAUCUCGGUGAAGCAGAUGAGGACUCCCAGUAACUUCUUUGUGUUUAAUUUGGCUUUGGCCGAUCUCAGUCUGAACAUCAACGGACUGACCGCAGCCUACGCCUCCUACCUCAGACAUAGUCCCUUCAUGUGUGUGUGUGUGUGUAUGCACGGGUUCCAGGGGAUGAUCUCUGUACUCGCCUCCAUCAGCUUCAUGGCCGCCAUCGCCUGGGACAGAUACCACGUCUACUGCACACGGCAGAAGUUGUUCUGGAGCACCACAGUCACCAUGAGUGUUCUGAUCUGGCUCUUGUCUGUGGCCUGGGCCGCGGUGCCUCUGUUUGGUUGGGGCGUCUACGACUUUGAACCAAUGAAAACCUGCUGCACCCUGGACUACAGCAAAGGAGACAGGGACUACAUCACGUACAUGUGGAGUCUGGUCGUCCUGUAUCUGGCCUUCCCCUCCUUCACCAUGCUCUCCUGCUACGACUCCAUCUACAAGUACUUCAAGAAGAUACACAACCAGAAGUUCAACACGUCCCUCCCUCUCCAGACGAUGCUGAUGUGCUGGGGGCCGUACGUGCUCAUGUGUGUGAUCGCCUGCUUCACCGACGUCACCGUCAUCUCGCCUAAAAUCAGAAUGGCUCUUCCGGUCAUCGCCAAAACCAACCCGAUCUUUAACGCUCUCAUCUACUCUUUCCACAACGAGUAUUAUCGUCCUGGAGUCUGGAACUUUCUGACGGGACAGAAGAUCCCCGAGGCUGUGGAGGGAAAGAAAGGAAAAUGAAAAGACGAGAAGAUGAGAGGAUGAAGCGAUGAAGCGAUGAAGAGUUGUGUUGUGUGUAUUAUACUCUGUUAGUGUUGGACUCAAAGCAGAACUCAGACACUCGUUUUUCAUGUUACACUUUAACGUCGUCAAACUCCAACUGUUUAGUGUUUUUCGUGAUGGAAACGGUUUAAAAUAAUAAUAAUGAUAUUAACACUGAUGCCUUUAAUAAUGUCUUACGUUUGUAUUGUCCUUACUGUGACCCGUGGCCACAGCUGCCCCGGGACAGACUGACAAAAGCGCCGUCAAUCCCUCCAACUACUGCUAAUCUCACAUUCCCGGUAGAAAAAGUAGAGUGACGUGUCUUGCUCGAAGACACGACACCAGCAUGCUUUCGUCGGGCUUUUGUACGGAAGCCGAGAGGGGUCACGACGAACGCGAACGCCGCAACAAAUACAAAUGCGACGACACAACAAAAAGCCACAACACGCCAAAAAAAAGCCACAACGGAAAUGACCGCGGGACUCUGUUUUAAUGCAAACGCCGCAACAAAUGCAAACGCCACAACAGAAACGCAAAUGUCGCAACACAUUAAAAAGCCACAACACUAAUACAAAAGCCACAGCACAUUAAAAAGCCACAACACACCAAAAAAAGCCACAACACACCAAAAAAAGCCACAACAGAAAUGACAGCGGGACUCUAUUUUAAUGCAAAUGCCGCAACAAAUACAAACACCACCACACAAACGCAAAUGCCACAACACAUUAAAAAGCCACAACACAUUAAAAAGCCACAACGGAAGUGACCGCGGGACUCUAUUUUCUGACGGACCGAUCAAGCGGCAAGUGAAGAAGAAGAACUACAACGUGAAAAGUAAAGGAACGGAGAAGUUGGAAACGUAAGUAAAAGUAAUUUAUUGUUUUAUCAUUAUUCGUUUCACGUUG